AUGGCCGCCAAUGGCGCAUAUGCUGUGCAACAGCGGCCCGCCUACCCGACCUAUCCGACCUAUCCCCAAACGGUGAUGAGUCCCGGACAGGCGAACGGCCUUCCAGGCUACCGAGUAAUGCCUUCGACAACUCCGGUCCAGUCGGGCAGCCAGGUCAUUCGUCCUGCCCGGAUCUCGCAGGUUUCGAACGGCGUGCAUGCGGUGCCGGCAGCAAGCGGUGUCUAUUCUCAGCGGCCAUCGUCGGCCAUACUAUCCGCCGCAAGCUCGCCAAGUGCAAAGACCCAGCCUACCUCACCAAGCCGCAAGGUGCGCAUGGUGGGAGAUGCACCGCUGCCACCCCAAGAGGCCCUGCGGUUGCUGAAGGAGGGCAACCAGCGCUUCGCGAGGGGCGAGGCGCGCGCUGCCCGCGGCCAGAACAUUCACCAGGAGCAGAUGCAGCUUGAUCGCGCAGGUGAGGCACCUCACACAGCGGUCAUCGGCUGUGCGGACAUGCGCGCCCCCGUUGACACCGUGUUUGACGCCUUGCCCGGAGAUCUCUUCGUGCUGCGCAACGUGGGCAAUACCUGCUCGAGUGCCGAGUGCAGCAUGAUUGGCAGCUUGGAGUUCUGUGUCAACGCGAUCAAUACCAGGAACAUCAUGGUGAUUGGGCACAAGCACUGCGGGGCCAUCAAGAAAGCCACGCAGGCCCUGUUGCACCCUCAUCAGCAGGAAGAGCAGGUGAGCAAGAGCCUGAACGUGCUGCUGAAGCGCCUUAGCCACAUCGCCUCCAAGGCAGUGGCCGAGCUGGGCACUUCGGCCGAUGAGGAGGCUAUCGUGUCACACGCGGUGAAGAUGACGAACGUCUUUCACACCAUCGAUUCGGUUUUGAAGCACAGCUCAUUCCUCCGCGUCAAGGUCCAGAAGGGUGAGGUGGAGGUCCACGGUGGCCUCUUCGACUUCCAGACCGGUCAGGUGGAAUUCCUCGGCCCGAGCCCUCAACAAGCGAACAUUGUGAAGAAGUGGGCGACGGCUGAGAACUUGGAUGCUUGA